AUGCAUCACCUGCAGCUCUCGGUGUGUGGGAAGGUGAGCGACAGAAAAAAAAAGAAAAAAGAAAAAAGAAAAAAGAGAGAAACCUCGUCCUCAUUUGGCGGUCAAACGGUGAUAUUUUGUGAGUGUUGUGAUAGAAAUGUCACAGGAGCGACUCCGACGGAGUGUUUUCCUCGCGCUUUUCUGAACUAUUCCGGGAGUGAGUUCUUCGACUCAACUGUGAUCCAUAUCACCCGCCAUUGCUGCGUGGAGGCUCUGGGUUCAUCGGACCGCAGUGUGGACAUCAGUGUGGACAUCAGUGUGGGGCUGUACGGCAUCCCAACGAAGGUGUCUCCCUUACGGGGGCCGGUCCAGGACCAAACACGGGAACGGUUGGAGGAAAUUGACAUAAGGAACACUCACUGCUGUUAUUGGUGUGCUACACCAGAAACUCGAAGCAGGCUGUCAGGGGGGACAGCAGCAGCGGUGACAUCCUUCGAGGGUAUCCAACCUGUGGCCACUGACGCGGGGGCAGCAGGUGGAAUGAGGACGGCGGCAGACAGUGCUGUGUCCCCACGAGGAUGGCAGCUCCACUUUGAUCCAAUGCAUGAUUCAUCACAGGCUGACUUGACCAAGGACAACCAAGGAGCUCUGUACAAAAACUUUUCAUCACAUUUCCUAAAAGUAUCGAGUUAAUUUAUACCUGAAUACUAAGGGUGGCGGUUUAUGGGGCUUUCUCAGGGAAGGUUUAUAUGAACGUAAUAAGGUGUCACUGAUAUGGUUUUAUAAACAUUAUAGACCCCAGUAUUGGCAUCCAUAGCUUUCAGUAAGGGUUAUGGAUAAUGAUGUAGUUGUCCAUCAUGCUGACAAUCCUGAAAUUAUUUAUCUUCUACAUUCUCAGCCAGUGAAACUCCAAAAACAGACAUUUUUUGAAAGACUACAUUCCAGUGUUGGACCUUCUCCGCAUACCAAUCACUGUAACAAAGCUGGACGAUGUGUCUUCUGACUACAACAGUGUAUUCAUGAGUCACAAUGAGGCUCACAAAUAAAUGACCAUGCCCCUUGUGAUUCACUUGUUCAAGUGAAAAACUUGCUCUGUUUCUUUCACUUUGAAUGGACAGUUUUGACAUUGUAUGUUGCAUCUUUUGUCAUUUCUGUGAA